AUGACAAGCCUAAGCCAAGAUGCCCGUGAGAAUUUCGCGGUCUGCGUGGCCAUGAUUAUCCUCUGCGCAAUCACAAUUAUUUUAAGGCUCUUGCUACGAAUGAGUCUCGGCCAGAAGCUGUUCCAAUCAGAUUGGCUCUGCAUCGCAUGUUACGUGGUUUUCGUGGGAUACUGCGCGCUGUUGAUUAACCAUAUCUUCCGUGUAUCUAAGUUGAAAGCAUUCGGGACAAUGUUCCUUGGGUCGCCUGAAAUUCCGCUGGAAGAAUCCCUCGACUUCUUGAAGAUGGCUUGGAUUGCCGAGGUGCUCUUCACGACCAGCAUCACAUUGGUAAAGCUCAGCAUCCUGGCGUUUUACUGGACCCUGUUUGGUGUCAACGACCUACAGAAGAAAUUGAUUAUCGGUACGACGGCUUUGAGCGUCGCCUGGUUCAUCGCUUUCAUCCUGCUCAUCGUCUUCCAAUGCAAGCCGAUCGAUGCGCUCUGGACACGGCCUAUGGAAACCGAGCUUUGCAUUUCCUCGCCCGUCGUUCUUCUCGCCGUCGAAAUCACCAACCUGGUCAUCGACGUCAUUAUACUCUGCAUUCCGGCAUUUGUCGUCGGUUCCCUUAGACUGAAUAAGGUCAAGAAGUGGUCUGUUCUGGGAAUGUUUCUACUCGGCGCUGGCGUCUGUGUGUUUAGCAUUGUGAGAUUGACCGUCAUUUGGCAACCACCCGAUGUCCUGCUAAACUUCAACGCCGCCAAGACCCUCUUAUGGUCUACGAUCCAACUCGGAACAGCUAUCAUCUGCGCAUGCCUUCCAACGCUAGGUCCGCUAUUCUCAGGAAGUGCCAACCUCAGCUCCGGAAGCAGGUCGUGGUACGGGUCCAUGAGAAACAGGAAUAAUGCCUCCAACGGGUACAAAAUGUCAGAUCACCAAAGCGCAAAUCACGGACGUCCGUGGGUUGACAAUACGACAGAGGAACGGUAUCAUAGCUCUGCAGCAGGUUGGGCGACACACGAAAACGAUACCAGCGGCGAUUCUGACCACGUUCCUCUUGACCCACUGCCAGCGAAGCAGAUUCGAGUGCAGAGAGAUAUUCAUGUCCGUUAG